AUGUCUGCUAACCGACUUUUAAAGAAGGGGAAAAUUCAAUACUUCGAGCUAGUUCCCUAUGAAGAGUGGUCUUUCGAACAUUUUACUUCCUGGGUGCUUGACAAAUUCGGCCAAACGGAAAAUAAUGGGGUAUUUUAUAAUGUUUUCUAUAUAAUUAGAGACGAUAUAAGUGCCUCAGAAGAAGUACAUAAUGCUGUAAGGCGUUUGCUGAAUAGGAAAAAUGAUAAGAAGAGGGUUAACGGCGAAUCGCAUACUUUAACUGAUAUAACAAAUUCAGUUAAAACAGUUGAUAAUAUAAGUGAUGUUUUACGGGAAAUGGUUAUUGAGAAAGAAAGGCCAAAGAGAGAAAAGAAAUCAUUGAGAAAAGUUAUCAAGAAAAAUAAUGAAAAUAAUCGAACAGUUAUUCAAAAACUAACUAACAUUGAGGGUUUGGUAAAAGAACUACAAAAAUCAGAGAUAGCCAUAUCAAAUAUCAAAUGCAACGAAUGGGAGAAGAUUCAAAUGUCUACUGGUCUCGGGUUCGAGGCAAUUGACUUCAAUCUAGAACAUGAAACAAAGAGUAAUGCAUUCCAAUGGGAUGAUAGACCAGAAAGAGAACAAAAAGAUAGGUAUUUACCUCAUCUUAGAAAGAUACUCCAAAUUUCCAAAUAUCGGAAACUUGAGAUAUAUGAUACAACUAGACAUAUUAAUUUUCUUAGUAUGAGUACUGACAUCCUGCCAAUAAGACUCGUUGGUACUACAGAUGCAACUGUAGUAGACAGGUUUUCUAUUUCUUCCAGGAUCCCACAACAUCACAUUCGGAUCCUUUUUGAACUAAAGAAAUUCAUUAAUGAUGGACAUUUGUAUCAAGCUUUGGCAGAAUUGACUUAUGGAGAUUUAAAAUCUAUACAUGCUAUUUUAGCCGUACUAACAGAUUUAAGAGAUGAUUGGCAGUUUUUUUAUUUUGAAGAUGAAAAGAUCGGGACAUUUACUCUUCCUAGAGGUAAAGCUGUGGCAUUAAUACAAAUAAAUAUGAAAUUUGCAAAUCAGGAGUUAAACAAUGAAAUAGAAGUAACGGAGCCAUUGCCGAAAAGGCGCAAGCUUGAACACAUAAUGAAUAUCAG